UGCACAGUGAUUCUUUUGCAGUUCUCGGCUGGGGUUAUAAAAAGUCUUUGGCAGGAGAACUCACCUCUCUCUCUCUCUCUCUCUCUCUCUCUCUCUCUUAGGCACAUACAACAUGUAGGUUUUUAGACAAGCUCUAGUAACAAGAAGAAAACAAUUAAGCAAACGACAUCUUAUAAGAAGCUGCAAGCAUUGUGCACAUCAAAAACUCGUAUUUCUCCAUGGCUGAAGCUGAUGCUCAAGAAACCAAGUGUGUGAAGAGGCGGCGCAGGUCUCCGUCACUAGUAGCACUCUGCAGUGAACAACGGCCUCCACAGACGUUCCACCUCGAUCAACCAACAACCACUACCAUUACGAAAAGGAGUUCAAGAUUUCGCGGAGUUAGCAGACAUCGGUGGACAGGGCGAUUUGAAGCUCAUCUAUGGGAUAAAGGGUCUUGGAAUGAAACUCAAAAGAAGAAAGGAAAACAAGUGUAUCUUGGAGCAUAUGAUGAAGAAGAAGCUGCAGCAAGAGUAUAUGAUUUGGCUGCAAUCAAGUAUUGGGGAGCCUCAACUUACACUAAUUUCCCGAUAAGUGAUUACAGAAAAGAUAUAGAAAUAAUGCAAAACAUGAGCAAGGAGGAAUACUUGGCCUCUCUAAGAAGGAGAAGCAGUGGGUUCACCAGAGGCGUGUCCAAGUACAGAGGUGUUGCAAGGCACCACCAGAAUGGGAGAUGGGAAGCAAGAAUAGGGAACAAAUAUCUCUACCUUGGCACUCAAGAAGAAGACGUUGCAGCUGUCGAAUACAAUGCAGUCACUUGCAUUAGAUGGCUACAAGGCGAGGCUGAGCCUAAGUGCUUGAGUGGAAAUUCCUUCAGUAUCAAGAAUCCAGCAAUAUCUGAGAAGCGUGAGAUCAUUGAAAGGAAAAUGCCUCUCAGCCCUUGGAACAAGGCCACGGCCACGGCCCCGUCAGCGCUCAGUCUACUCCUCCGCUCCUCCUUGUUUAAAGAGCUCGUCGACAAGACCACCACUACCACUGCUGCUGGGAAUGAAGAUGAGUUUAGGGCUGUGGAAAGAGAUGCAUGCAAUGUGUGAUAUGUUAUUUAUUUGAAUUGGUUAAUAACUAUGUAACAUGGCAGUAUAGGACUUCAAAUAAUUACUCUAGAGUUUGCUGCUCAUUCAUGACUACCACUCUUUACAUGUUUAUAAAUACACUAGCAGAAAGAGCGUAUGUUGUACGCAUAAUUAAUAUUAUUUUAUUUGAUAAAAUAAAAAAUAAUAUUUAUUUA